GAUUUGACAAAUAACAUCGAAGUCUAACAAUAAGAGCUUUCAUAAGCGACUCGUGUUAACAAUCGCAUUACUCUGUAGGACUGAAGAGGCCUAAUCAAUAACUGGACUGAUAACGCAAUGGGGGCUGUAGAGGGCGUUUGCUAUCCGUCUUUCCUCAAAGAGAUCGGGGUUUUGGAUUGCUGGAGAAGACCAAAUCCAUCUGUACGCACUUCCGUGGUUCGGAGGAAUAUCCUGCUGUUUUUUCAGAAACUCUGGAACUGUGUGCGAUGGAUCAGUGCUAAAACCACCUUUUGUUUUCCCCUUCACCGUUUGUUUUCUCUUCCAUGAACUGAUAAAGCUUUUUAAAACGCCACUGUCUCUGGAAACGAGCGGUUUUUACAAACAUAGAAACAUCUUUCCGUGCCGAGAAACCUCAUCAUGAGUGUGCUGCCCCCUGUACGAAAAGACCGCAUAAUCGGCCAGCUUCCUAAGUGCUUCAACAAAGGUGCCGCUCUGCAGACAGAGGAUGAGUUCCACAGCAAGGUGAAGACGGCCUGUCAGCAGCAGAGGACUGGAACAGUGGGUAGGUUUAAAAUCUCUAAAGUCAUCGUAGUGGGCGAUCUGGCUGUGGGAAAAACCUGCUUGAUUAACAGAUUUUGUAAAGAUGUGUUUGACAAGAAUUACAAGGCCACCAUUGGCGUUGACUUUGAGAUGGAGAGGUUUGAAGUUCUUGGAGUCCCCUUCAGUCUACAAUUGUGGGACACAGCAGGACAGGAGAGAUUUAAAUGCAUUGCCUCCACAUACUACAGAGGAGCUCAGGCUGUAAUUAUUGUGUUUAAUUUAACUGACGUGGCAUCACUGGAGCAUACAAGGCAAUGGCUGGAGGAUGCAAUGAAAGAGAAUGAUCCUACUAGUGUGUUACUCUUCUUGGUUGGCACAAAGAAAGAUCUGAGUUCUCCUGCCCAGUAUGAACUGAUUGAGCAGGAUGCCAUUAAACUAGCAGAUCAGAUGAAAGCGGAGUACUGGGCUGUGUCUGCCUUAUCUGGGGAGAAUGUGAGAGAGUUUUUCUUCCGAGUGGCAUCUUUAACUUUUGAGGCGAAUGUGCUGGCAGAACUUGAGAAAAGUGGAUCCAGACGUAUUGGGGAAGUUGUUCGUAAGUAAAAUCAACAGCAACUCAGACAACCUGAAUGUAACUUCCAAGAAGAAACAGCCCAACUGUUGCCAGUAAAGAGCGACCUUGUGAAAAUGCUCAAAUUUGCACAGACGUAUAGUGGGAGCAAAGCAAAACAUGCAUGCAAAUACACAUGUACUUAAUAGGGAGAAUCAAAAGGACAAGAAAAGUGGUAUGGACAUUAUUUCAACUAAAGGAAUGUACAGUGAGCAGUGCGGUUUGUUUUUAAUAGGGUGGAACCGAAUUUCUGCUGGACAAAAGAAAACAUUCUUUUGUUGGAUAUCAUGAGGUUUUAAUUUUUGUGGCAAAGAGAUAUUCUCUUUCCCAAGAGGACUAUGCACAAUUUAUGCAAUAGCUCCAAGUAUAUUUUCUAUAUGAGUGAUUGUAGUACUGUACUAAUACAUUUUGUGUUUUAAAUAUCUUUGCUUAGUUUACAGUCGGCCAUUAUUUUAAAAGGUACACAAGAGGAUCAUGCAUGAGUUGCACAAAAAGCAAUAAACAGUUAUAGUAUUUUUCUAUGUCCGAUAUCCUAUUUGUUAAAAGGAUAAUCAAGCUCAAAGUUAGAGAAGAUUUACUUCAUCAUAUAGCUUCAAAAUGAUAUUUUCUCUAAAAACAUAAGUAUUAUGACUUUGCACAGUUGUAUGCAUUUUUUUGUGCUGGACAUUUUUUGAUUUUUAUUAUUAAAAAUAAAAUAGAUGUAUGCCUUUGUCUUAAAUGAGCCAUUUAUUUGAAUACAAACCAAGCCUCUCACAAUAUAAAGAUAGUAUUAUCAGUAUAAUCAAAUUAGUA